GGUUUGCUCACAUUUUUUUGGGUGUUUUAAAAGCGUGAAAAAAACGCCAAAAGACGCUGUACGGGCGCGUAUUUGUACAAGAAGUGCUGUGGAGCUGCAGUUAAAGGCGUUCUAAAUCAAAAUAAAUAAUAAGGUGCACUAAAUGAAUUGUAUACAGCCUGAAAACUGCAACGAAAAGUAGGCGCUGAGUGUUAUUGAACAACGAUUUGUGAAGAGGAAGAGAAAGGUGGUGGUGGUGGUGGCGGAGUGUGCCUGUGUAUGAGUGUUGGUGUUGUGUGGGUAGAGGCGUUGUGGAGCGGAAGGCUGGAACUAAAGUCUCAACGGAUACGAAGAAAAACAAAUACAGAGGACUACAAAAAGAGAGACGAAUACAAUUUCUAGCAGAGAAGUGACGAGCCAAAAAUUAAACAUUAUAUAGUUGUAACAGCGCACGUUUAAGCUGUAGUUGCUUUAGUCAACGACCGCGCCCUAAUGUCAAAUAGUCAAGUAAAAGCCGGCAGCAGUGGUAGCGCGGAUGAACCGAACGCAACUAAUCUGGCGGCUACAGGCACGGGCAUCGCCACCAAUUCCAAUCUGACUGCGACGGGAACCACAGCAUCACCGCAAGCUCAGCCUGUUGUCUCAGCCACCGCCCACGCCCAUUCUCAGGCGCACGCCCAGCCACCAAUAACAGCAACAACAACAAGCGGGAUUGGGCCAACGCCACAUAUAGUGGCAGCCUCAGCGUCUGCGGGGGGUGUAGGAGGCGGCGGUGUCAAUGAAGGCGUCAGUUUGGGCGUUGAUUCGUCGCCCCGUGAGUCUGGCGAUGAUUCCGAAGACGAAAGUGAAAUACUGGAAGAGUCGCCAUGUGGGCGCUGGUUAAAGCGACGGGAGGAGGUCGAUCAACGCGAUGUGCCCGGCAUUGACUGUGUGCAUCUGGCAAUGGACACCGAGGAGGGUGUGGAGGUCGUUUGGAACGAGGUGCAAUAUGCCAAUCUGCAGGAGCUCAAGUCACAGGAAGACAAAAUGCGACAGGUAUUUGACAACCUGCUGCAGCUGGAUCAUCAGAAUAUAGUCAAGUUCCAUCGCUACUGGACGGAUAUACAACAAGCAGAACGGCCGCGUGUCAUCUUUAUCACAGAGUACAUGUCGUCCGGCUCGCUAAAACAGUUCCUCAAGCGCACCAAGCGUAAUGCCAAGCGAUUGCCAUUGGAAUCUUGGCGUCGCUGGUGCACACAGAUCUUGUCCGCGCUCAGUUAUUUGCAUUCCUGCACACCGCCCAUAAUACAUGGCAAUCUAACCUGUGAUAGCAUUUUCAUCCAGCACAAUGGUCUGGUUAAGAUCGGUUCGGUAGUCCCCGAUGCGGUGCAUUAUAGUGUGCGGCGUCAGCAUCUGGCCGAUAUGGUCAGCGGUUCUAGCGGUAGCGGCGAACGUGGAGCCCAUUAUUUCCGUGCACCUGAGUACGGAGCGGCGGAACAAUUAACAGCGGCUGUGGAUAUUUACGCCUUUGGAAUGUGCGCUCUGGAAAUGGCUGCCCUGGAGAUACAGCCCAGCAAUAGUGAAUCGACUGCCAUCAAUGAAGAGACCAUAUUGCGCACAAUUAACAGCCUAGAGAACGACCUGCAGCGUGAUUUGAUACUGAAGUGUCUGCAACAGCAUCCCCAAGGAAGACCAAGUGCCAGCGAUUUGCUAUUUCAUCCACUGCUUUUUGAGGUUCACUCAUUAAAGCUUCUCGCAGCACAUUGCCUCGUGUUUUCGCCAGCAAAUCGCACCAUGUUCUCGGAGACUGCUUUUGAUGGUCUGAUGCAGCGCUAUAAUUAUCCAGACGUAAUAAUGGCGGAACUGAAAAUGGCCGGCGGAUAUGAGCGUGAAUUUCGGCUCUCAGAUGUACCCGGCGCAGACAAGCUGGAGAAGUUUGUGGAGGAUGUGAAAUACGGCGUCUAUCCAUUAAUAACGUAUAGCGGUAAAAAGCCGCCACAUUUUCGGUCUCGUGCUGCCUCACCAGAGCGUGCCGAUUCGGUGAAAUCGGCCACGCCUGAGCCUGUGGACAUUGAGUCACGACGCAUUGUGAAUAUGAUGUGCAGUGUGAAGAAACUAAAGGAGGACAGCAAUGACAUCUUGAUGACAAUAUUACUCCGAAUGGAUGAUAAAAUGAAUCGUCAGCUGACUUGUCAAGUGAACGAGGAUGAUACUGCGGCGGACUUGACCAGCGAAUUGGUGCGUUUGGGUUUUGUGCAUCUUGAUGACCAGGAUAAAAUAAUGACUCUAUUGGAGGAGACGCUACGUGCUGGCGUGCUGACAGAUGCUGGUGGCAACACUGAAAGUACGGGCGCUGGCGUCACGACUACGGCCACAAUGGCCGCGCUGGAGCAACUGGAGCGCAACUGGUCUGUCUCUGAUGCUGAUAAGCCUAUGACGACAGCAACCUCGACGACGGCAACAGUGACAGCCACAGAGACAGCGACGAGCUUGUCCACCAACAGUUCGCCCACCACAGGUCUUAUGUAUGUGCCACAAACUCAGCAACAGCAGGGCAUACUCGAGCCCAUGGAUACAUACGAUGUGUUUGCAUCGGGAGGUAGCAGUGCGCCCGCCGCAUCCACAAACAGCAAUUGAAAGUAUUCAGCGAAUUAAUAAAAGUAGAUAUGGGAGCAUUGAAAGCUAACGCGAUGCGAAUGAGAUCGUUUUUGCGCCUGCGUGCAGGGCCGGCAUAAAUUGUUUUAAUUAAUGGGAAUUACAACACUACGAUUUUAUUACUAUACCAUGAUUUGUUUGUUAUUUUUAUAUAUAUGUAUGUAUUUAAAAUAAUAUUUAUGUAUGUAUAAUAUUUAUGUAACGAUGUUGUACAAGGCUUCCAGGCUAGAGAUUUCGAUGUAAACACACACUGCAUAAAAAAACCGAAAAACAACUACAAUUUACCUUUUGACAAGCAACAACAAAAACAGCAAUUGCUGAGCUAGUGCUGCUCCCAAACCGAAUGCAGACGAGCUUACAAAAUCCAAGCGCAUUCGCUUAGCGUAAAUUCAACAAAAAUUUUGAAUCCAAUUGAAAAUUUUUGAAGACUCGAAACAAUUCAAAUACAUACAUACCUACAUAUGUACGUAUUUAUGUAUGUUGUGUUGCAAAGCUGCAGUAGUAAUUACACAUACCAUCAAACACACGCAUAAACAUGCCACUCUAUUUAAAAAAUAGCGUUUAGGCGCCCACAAUGCAACAAAAAACUGUAUAAUUUUUACAAUAAGAAAAUGGAACAUAUGUAUAACUAUAUAAAAGUUUGAUGAGUAGUAAAAAAAAAAAACAAAAAGAACAACCCACAAAGGCA